AUGACCUAUGAGGGAGAGUAUCUGAACCUGACCCACAUCACCCGGUCCGACAUGGGUCCAUACCUCUGCAUGGCCAACAACAGCGUGCCUCCUAUAGUGAGCAAGAGGAUUAUGGUCAACGUGCACUUCCGGCCUGUCAUCCACGUGCCCAACCAGCUGAUCGGCGUCCCCAUCGGCAGCGAGACGACCUUGGAGUGCAACUUGGAGGCCUCUCCCAAGUCCAUUCAGUACUGGACCCGGGAUUCGGGCGAGAUGCUGAUCAGCAACAAGGAGUACAUCACCCACGAGAAGCACAGCAACUACUACAUGACGAAAAUGACCCUCACCAUCACCCACUUCCGGAGCCAGCACGCCGGCGAGUACUACUGCACGGCCAAGAACUCGCUCGGGACGCGCAGGGCAGGAUCAAGGUCUACGCUGUGUUUGUUUUGUCUUUGUGCGACUGUCUGUGUCUAUCGACUUGCUAGGUUUGUGUCGUUUGUGUAA